GAGGGCUCUCGGCCUUCGGACUGCUGCUCCUGGCUCCGGCGGUUGUCUCGGGCAUCAACGGCGUCCGGGCGAGGUCGCCAUUUCCAUGUGGUCGCUGCUCCAAGCUGGUGGCGGGACGAGCGCCGCUGAGCACGGGAUCCUGCGGCAACGAGGCCGGGAUCUCCGGAUCUGUAGGCGGAGGAGGGGAUCCGGCCGACGACCGGGGGUAGCGGGCGUGGCGGCGCGACUGGCGGCGGCGUUGAGGGUUCGAGUGGGAUAGUGGUGGGCGUGAAGGAGGAAGGAGCAGAGGCAAAACUGUUCGAGAGAGAGGGCUGCUGGCUUGUUCUGUGCGCCAAUCCAGCCCAUCCCAUCCCAGCCCAGCCACGGCGUCCCCUGCGACUCUAGUUCGCGCCGUGGGCUCUGCCGCCGCCGCCGCCCUCCGAGGACCCGCCGCUCGCCGUCUGCGCCAACGCGCUUCUCCCUCCGGAACCGCGCCAACUACAAGCCCCACCUAAUCGCCCCCCAACUGAAGUCGCGCCCCCUCCCCGACGCCAACCUUCAUCUGUGAAGCGCCGGCGGCGGCCUCCACCGCCACCACCAGGUAAUCUGGUUGGUGAAGUGCAGGAUUUACUGCUGUACAAGUGCAAAUUCUUGUUGGGGAUGGCAAAGGAAGCUGAGAAAGAUAAACAAAUUGCUGAGGAGGAGGAGGAGGAGGAAGAAGAAGAAGAGUAUGUCUUGCUAGAGUUAGAUGAUGUUCAUUAUUCCUGCAUACAACCAAAUGCCCCUUAUAUACUCUCUGGUUUGGAUACAUUGACUCCUACCUUGGUAGUAGGUGAUGGCCUGAAGAUGAUUGGAGAAUACGAAGAAACGGUUGGCACAUGCUAUUUAUUUUCAGAAAGUGAUGCUCCACCAAAACCUGUUCAUGGAGAGCCGGCACCUCCCAAGGAAAACAAGGACAAGCAAGGCAGAAACAUCAAGGAAGCACCGCCCAAGGAGGUGAAACAUCUGACGAGCGUUCACAAGAUCCUCAAAUUCCGGUCGACCAGUGAGGGUCGUCAGGAGCACAGAGCAUACCGAUACAGGGACAAGGAGUUUUGACUCUUCUAAUGCACACAGCAAGCGAUCCUUUGACCCUUGGAAUGCGAGGAUAGUACUCCUUAAUCUUAAUUAGCCACUAGCAUUCUCUAUCCCGAGGUAACCAGCGGUUGCGAUGCAUGAUUCCGGUGACUCUUAUCCUCUCUCUAUGAAGUAUGCACUGUUAAUCUUGUGAAAUUCUGCAACAAUGGAGUUCCCGGUCUGUAUGUAAACUAAUGCAGCUCUGCCUAAAA